ACACAAGUAAUAGCGAUCCUUGCAUUGAUGAGAAGCUAGACACGUACAUGAACAACCCACAAGUUCAAAGAGCUUUACAUGCCAAUUCCACCGGCUUGCCAUAUUCAUGGAACAUGUAUUGUGAAGGGGGUACCGAUUAUAAGCACUUAGAAAUGUAUGCUAAUGACGUCAUACCCACUGUGUCAGCACUUCUGAAGAGGCAUAUCCGAGUUAUGCUUUACAGUGGAGAUCAAGAUUUAAUGGUAGCUGUUACACAGACCAGGAAAAUAGCGAGCAAGAUUGCAAGAGACUUGAAGCUCAACACUUUGCACAACAAUAGGCCUUGGUACAAUGGCAAGCAGAUUGGAGGGUGGAGCCAAACAUAUGGAAGAUUGAAGAAAGGUAAAACAGUAAUACAAUUAACGUUUGCAACAGUAAAAGGUGGAGCAAAUUUUGUGCCAUAUUCAUCUCCCUCCGAGGCUCUUAUACUUUUCAAGGCAUUUCUCAAGGGAUCUCCACCACCCACCAGACCUAGCUAGCU